AUGCUGAAUUUUUUGAACUUUUCCGACAUAAAUCAAAGAUGCACGAGAGCUGUUUGUGGAUAUGCUUCAACCAGAUUUCACAACAUAAUCAGGAGCUACAGCAUACAUGUCAGACGUAAUGAAACGUUGUCUCUUCUCCUUCAAAGUCGUCAAAGUUCGUCUGGGUUUAAACCCAAUUACCAAGUAUUAUCAGCCAUUCUCAAAUCCUGUGCUGCCCUCUUAGCCAUCAACUUUGGGAAAGCUCUUCAUGGUUAUGUUGUCAAACAAGGCCAUCUUUCCUGCCACUCUAUCUCUAAAGCACUGCUUAACAUGUAUGCCAAAUGUGCUGCAUUGGGUGACUGCAAAACACUUUUUGGUCAAAUGGGUUACUCGGAUCCUGUCAUUUGGAACAUUGUCUUAUCUGGGUUUUCUGCAUCUCGAAAUUAUGAUGCUGAGGUAAUGAGGUUGUUUCAUGAAAUGCGUGUAGAUGGGAAGGCUAAACCCACUUCUGUUACCAUUGCUAUCUUUCUACCUGUGUGUGCUCGGUUAGGGGAUUUGCAUGCAGGGAAGAGCGUGCACUCUUAUGUGAUGAAGUCUGGAUUGGAAAAAGAUGUCCUUGUUGGAAAUGCUCUUAUAUCAAUGUAUUCAAAAUGUGGGCUAGUUUCUGGUGAGGCCUAUGCUGUGUUUAAUGGCAUUACUGACAAAGAUGUCGUUUCAUGGAAUGCAAUAAUUGCAGGGUUUGCAGAAAAUAGUUUCAUAAAUGAUGCAUACAAGUUAUUCAGUUGGAUGCUCAAAGGACCAGUGGAACCAAAUUAUGCAACCAUUGCAAAUAUUCUGGCCGUUUGUGCUUCUUUAGAUAAAGACGUUGCCUACUGCUCUGGGAGAGAGAUCCAUUGUUAUGUGCUGCGCCGGAAUGAAUUGGCAGCAGAUGUUUCGGUGUGCAAUGCUUUGGUAAGUUUCUAUUUACAACUUGGACGAAUGCAAGAAGCAGAAUCCUUGUUCCACAGGAUGAAAUCAAGAGAUUUGGUUUCAUGGAAUGCAAUUAUUGCAGGAUAUGCAUCAAAUGGUGAGUGGUCAAAAGCAUUGGAGUUGUUUGGAAAAUUACUCGCUCUGCAGAUGAUCAGGCCGGAUUCUGUAAGUAUAGUCAGCAUUCUUCCUGCUUGUGCACAUUUACAAAACUUGGAGGUGGGGAAAAAGAUCCAUGGGUACAUUCUUCGACAUCCUAGCCUAUUUGAGGCAACAGCUGUUGGAAAUGCCAUGGUUAGUUUUUAUUCAAAAUGCUACAAAAUAGAAGCAGCUUUCAAGACUUUUUUGAUGAUUUUGAGGAGAGAUUUGAUAUCAUGGAAUACCAUGCUAGUUGCCUUCGCAGAGAUUGGGCAUAGUACAGAGUUCCUCAACCUAUUAGGUGAUAUGCUAAGGGACGGCAUGAGGCCUGACCAUAUAACCAUCUUGACCAUAAUACAAUUUUGUGCUUCAAUUUUGAGAGUAGGAAAGGUUAAAGAAAUUCAUAGCUACUCAAUUAGGGCUGGGUUUUUGUGUGAUGAUAUUGAGCCUACUAUUGCAAAUGCAAUCCUGGAUGCAUAUGCCAAAUGUGGUAACAUGAAGUAUGCAUUCAACAUUUUUCAGAGUUUAUUGGGUAAAAGGAAUUUGGUUACUUGCAAUUCAAUGAUUUCAGCUUAUGUGAAUUGUGGGUCACGCGAUGAUGCAUAUAUCAUAUUUAACAGCAUGUCUGAAACAGAUCUCACCACUUGGAAUCUAAUGGUUCGAGCUUAUGCUGAAAAUGAUUGUCCUGCUCAAGCUCUCAGCCUGUUUCAUGAGUUACAAGCUCGUGGAAUGAAGCCUGAUGCGAUGACCAUUAUGAGCCUCCUUCCUGUAUCUGCUCAAAUGGCCUCAGUCCACCUGCUGAGGCAGUGUCAUGGAUAUGUGGUGAGAGCUUGUCUUGAUGACUUGUGUUUGAAGGGAGCUCUGUUAGAUAUGUAUGCAAAAUGUGGUUCCAUAGUAUGUGCUUAUAAGCUUUUUCAGUCAAGCCUGCACAAGGAUCUGGUUAUGUUUACAGCUAUGGUUGGUGGGUUUGCCAUGCACGGUAGGGGAGAAGAAGCACUGAAGGUCUUCUUUCAUAUACUGGACUUGGGUGUGAAGCCAGAUAAUGUUAUUAUUACUGCUGUUUUAUCAGCUUGCAGUCAUGCUGGCCUGGUGAAUGAAGGGUUGAAGAUAUUUUAUUCACUAGAAGAGAUUCAUGGGGUCAAACCAACAAUGGAACAGUAUGCUUGUGUGGUGGAUCUCCUUGCUAGAGGUGGACGAAUUGAGGAUGCAUUUUCUUUUGUGUCGAGGAUGCCUAUUGAAGCUAAUGCUAACAUAUGGGGAACACUGCUGGGUGCUUGCAGGACUCAUCAUGAGGUGGAAUUGGGCCGUGUUGUGGCAGAUCAUCUCUUUGAAAUUGAAGCUAAUAAUAUUGGGAACUAUGUGGUGAUGUCAAAUCUAUAUGCAGCAGAAGCUAGAUGGGAUGGGGUCAUGGAGGUAAGAAGGAUGAUGAGAACUAGAGACAUAAAAAAGCCAGCGGGAUGCAGCUGGAUAGAGGUGGAGAGGAGGAAGAACCUUUUUAUGGCUGGAGACUGGUCCCAUCCAGAAAGAAGCAUUAUCUACAGUGCAUUAAGUGCAUUGGACCAACAAAUGAAAGAGCCAGUUUAA